UUGGUUCCGCACAUAGUAACGAGGAGGACUGUGAAAAUGGCGGUGGGUAGGGAUCCAGGGAAAUAACCUGUAAUAUUAAUUUAACGUGUUUCGAAAAUAGAGACGCGAGGGCUAGUAUCGUCCACCGUUGGGACAAGUCCUCAAGGAACUGUGCACCAUGCCAUCACCUCAGGCCUUGGCCGUGCUAGAUGUUGUGCUCCGAGUUCCCUGUAUUUUCAUUAUCGACGCCAUCUUUAACUCUUACCAUGAUCCGGGCUCUGGGUUGGCUGGCGCAGCAGCACAGGUUUUAAUCCGGUUACUGGGUGUUCUAGUGUCCGGUGUGGUCCUGGUCUUAUCACAAAAAGCACUUUUCAAAUUCUACAUGUUGUGCUUUGCUCUCCUCUUGGGAGCAGUGACAGUUCUGAUCAACUACUUUGCCACCUCGCACAUAGACUUCUACAGUGCUUAUUACACUGCAGCAUUAGGAGUCAAGCCGUCUCCAAAAAAUGGACCCACACUGUGGUUGGGCUUGGUCAUGCUCCAGCUCAUGUUUGGAAUUGGAUAUGCGGCACUUCUUAAUGUACAGUCAGUUUAUGCUGCAUUAAUUGUCCUGGACAUUUUGAUCCCCAUAUGGGGCUUGAUUAUGGAGCUGCCAGUGGAUGUUCGACAGUUGGUGGCUGUGGCAUCCGGCCUAGUUCUGACCAUGCACACUGUUGUGUAUUUAACUAUGAAACUUAAGUGGUUCUAUUACUCAGGCCGCUAUGUUUACCUUCUCAUCCGACACAUGUACCGCAUCUAUGGGGUCCAGCUGCUAGUGGAGGACACUUGGAAGAGGAUUCGCUUUCCAGAUGUCCUUAGGGUCUUCUGGUUGACCCGACUGACCGCCCAGGCCAUUAUAUUGGUCUACGUGGUCAAGGUGGCAGGCAACGAUGAAGGAAACCAAAAUUAUUUGAUCUCCUGGGAUGAUUUCUGGGAAGUGUUGUGCAACCUUAUCAUAAGCGGCUGCGACUCCACAUUGACAGUCCUGGGUAUGAGCGCAGUCAUCUCCUCCAUAGCACAUUACUUAGGCUUGGGGAUCUUGGCUUUUAUUGGGUCCACAGAGGAAGAAGACAAACGUCUGGGCUUUGUGGCCCCAGUACUGUUUUUUGUUUUGGCUUUGCAGACUGGACUCAGUGGUCUGGACCCAGAAGAGAGAUUUGUGCGGCUCAGCCGCAACAUGUGCCUUCUAUUAACUGCCAUCUUGCACUUUAUCCAUGGGAUGACCGAUCCAGUCCUCAUGUCUCUGAGUGCCUCACAUGUCUCAUCUUUCCGAAGACAUUUCCCAGUCCUCCUGGUCUCCUUGUGCCUUUUUGUGCUGCCCAUUUUGCUCAGCUUUGUGCUCUGGAACCACUAUGCACUCAACACAUGGUUAUUUGCAGUGACUGCUUUCUGUGUUGAACUGUGUCUGAAGGUCAUAGUCUCCCUGACUGUUUAUACACUGUUCAUGAUUGAUGGCUACUACAAUGUCCUGUGGGAGAAGCUGGACGAUUAUGUGUACUAUGUGCGCUCGACUGGCAAUGUCAUUGAAUUCAUAUUCGGGGUGAUCAUGUUCGGGAAUGGAGCUUAUACCAUGAUGUUUGAAUCUGGCAGCAAGAUCCGUGCUUGCAUGAUGUGCCUCCAUGCUUACUUCAACAUUUAUCUUCAAGCCAAGAAUGGAUGGAAGACCUUCAUUAACCGAAGAACUGCUGUGAAGAAGAUCAACUCCCUUCCAGAGAUGAAAGGUGAGCAUCUGCGGGAGAUCGAGGAUGUCUGUGCAAUCUGCUACCAGGAGUUCACUGCUUCUGCUCGUAUUACCCCGUGUCAACAUUACUUCCAUGCUCUCUGUCUCCGGAAGUGGCUCUAUAUACAGGACACAUGCCCCAUGUGCCACCAGAAGGUCUAUAUUGAGGAGGGCUCUAGAGAAAAUGGCACCUUUGCCAACAACAAUGGAUAUGUGGCACCAAACGGAAACCAAAGGGUAGCAGUGGGUGCUGAAGCUGAUGCAGGUGGGCCUGAACCUGAUAACGAGCUUAAUGAAGAUAAUGACAGUAUUGAAUAUGAUGAGGAAGAGUGGGGGACCCAGAAUGGCAGUACAGCUGUAGAAGAAGAAUAUAUUAAUGAUGACACAGACUCAAGUGGAGAGUAAUCAGAAAUUAUAUUUAAGAAUUAAUUUGUAAUUAAUAAAUGUCAACAUCAGUGAAGAUCUUUUUUUUUGGGGGGUGGUAAUGAUUAGUAUGAGGUAUAUCAUACAGUGCAUAUAGUAGGCAACAUCAAGCUUAAUCCCCACAUUCCAUUUUUUAGGACUAGAGCAUACCAUGUGAAUUCUGGUUUACUGAAAAAAAAAAAAGUCUGUUAAAUACUAUCUUUUUAAGUUUUGUUUGAACAUCUUAAGAAAUUGCAAGCUUGAUUUUAAUACUAUUAUUGAGUGAUUUAAAGUUUUUCAGGUUGGGAUUUGUUUCAAAAAGGGCUUGAACGUUUUGGUGUUUAUUUUUUUACAAGUGCCCACAGUACUGUAAUAAACCUGUUAAUUGUG